CUGUUUUGUUCCCCGUCACGUAGUCUACUUUUGGGUAAGAGAUGAAACAGAGUUUUUUUGUGAUUACCAUUAUACUGGGUUUGGCUUUUUCCGUGAGAUGUAGCUAUGAUUACAGCAAGAACGAUUUCCCCGAAGGUUUCGUUUUCGGAUCAGCUGUCUCUGCUUUUCAGUGGGAAGGAGCUGUUGAUGAAGAUGGGAGGAAACCUAGCAUUUGGGACACAUACCUUGAGUCUAGUAAUGGGCAUGAACUUAUUAAAGAUAUAGACUGUGAUGGGUAUCAUAAGUAUAAGGAGGACGUAAGGCUGAUGUACGACAUGGGUUUAGAUGCAUUUCGACUCUCCAUUUCAUGGCCGCGGCUUAUACCAAGUGGAAGAGGCCAUGUGAAUCCAAAGGGAUUACGGUUCUACAAAAACCUCUUAGAUGAGCUCAAAAAAUAUGGAAUUGAACCGCAUGUUACGUUGCAUCACAAUGAUCUCCCUCAGGCUCUUGAAGAUGAAUACGGAGGAUGGAUUGACCGCAAAAUCAUCGAUGACUUCACGGCUUUUGCAGACGUUUGCUUCAGAGAGUUUGGGAAUGCAGUGAAACACUGGUCGACGAUAAAUGAACCCAAUAUGCUAGCAUCGGGAGGUUACGACUUGGGAGUUAUGCCUCCUAAGCAUUGUUCUCCUCCCUUCGGGGUAGUCAACUGCUCCAGAGGAAACUCUUCAACUGAGCCUUAUAUUGCACUCCAUAACAUGUUGCUUGCCCAUGCAUCUACCGCUAGAUUGUAUAAGCAAAAGUAUAAGUAUAAGCAGAAUGGAUCUGUAGGUAUAACAUGUUUUGCAUACUGGAUGGUUCCUUUUACUAGCUCUCAAGAGGACAAGAUCGCAACUCAAAGAGCCAAAGAUUUCUAUUUAGGCUGGGUUCUGCACCCACUGGUGUUUGGAGACUAUCCUGAUGUGAUGAAGAAGAUCGUGGGGAAGAGACUGCCAAGUUUUUGGGAAGACGAAUCAGAUCUCGUUAAAGACUCAUUUGACUUCUUGGGAGUCAUACACUACACAACAUUUUACAUCAAACACUUAUCCAAUUCCGUCCAAGGAGAUUAUAAUUUAGACGUGGAUGCUGCACUACUCCCCAUUGGGAAUUCUACAAUGGUCUCGUUUGAUGUGCUUCCUUGGGGUCUUGAAGGAGUGUUGGAAUACAUAAAGCAAAACUAUGGCAAUCCUCCCGUCUACAUUCUUGAAAAUGGUCAACCUACCAACCACAACUCAGAGCUUAACGACAUGGGAAGAGUUGAAUACCUUCACGCUUAUAUCGGUUCCGUGCUUAAAUCAGUGAGGAAUGGCUCAGAUACAAGAGGCUACUUCCAAUGGUCAUUCAUGGACUUGUUCGAGUUUCUCAAUUAUAAUUACACAUAUGGAUUAUACUAUGUGAAUUUUACCGACCCGGAACGUAAAAGAUCUCCCAAAACCUCUGCUCUUUGGUACUCUGCUUUUCUUAAAGGGACGAUCAGAGUGCACAAGAACCUCUCGGUAUCUUCUUCUCCUGGUAUUUUUUCCCAGUAGAACUCAAGUUUCUUAUUUUCUUGAGUUUCCUUUUACUUAAACAGACAACGAAUAUAUUCCGAUAAAUUUGCAUGGUAUUUACACAGAAACAUACAUUGUCAAGAUUGGUACAUAAGACUAACCAAUAACAAGCUUGAGAAGCCGUAUGAUGUAACCUGAAAGUAGAUUAAAAAAAAUUUUAGCAUA